UUCGGUAACGUCAUUUUUGUGCGCCGCAGAGAGUGAUAGAAGACCUCGUGGUUGCUCUAUGAGGUUGCCGAGAGGUCGGGGUUAUUUAUCUGCGCUAUGGCCGAAGGGGAAAACGGCCUCGUCCAGGCGGCGAGAGCGACGAUGGCGACAGCUACCUUAGCUCCAGGGCUUCCUCCGCCUCCCUGCGUAGAGCUGCCAUCCUUCGAGGCUGCGCAAGUGCUGGCGCAGAACCGCUACUCCUGCUUGGUGAUUACACCGCACCGGAGGCACAUCGCGCUGCCGCCUCGGUUCUUGCAUCGGAAGCGGACGGGCAUCCGCAUGCAGCUGGACGCUGAACUGCGGCGCUAUUCGGACAGUUUUGAAGGAGUUCCUGUGGCUUAUGAUGACAUUAGAAUAACAAAUGAACUGGGUGAUAUAAUUGAUGAUCUGGGAGCCAUCCAUCUUGAUAUUGAAGCAAAUUUUAUUGUCUUUACACCUAAACUGGGGAAAAAACUUGUGGGUAUGAUCAAUAAAGUGGCACCAAGCCACGUGGGCUGUCUAGUGCAUGGGUGUUUUAAUGCUUCCAUCCCAAAACCCUAUCACAUAUCAGUGGAUGAAUGGAAAAACCUUGGCUUCCAAAUAGGCGAUAGGCUGGUUUUUAAAGUGUUGAAUUUUGAUUCAGAUGCUGCUGGAGUGUUCUGCAUCCGAGGAAGAUUGUGCCGAAGCAGCACCAGAACAAAAAUACCAAAGGAAAACCACUGUGAUGUGCAGGAUGAUACCCAAGAGAUGGAAACUUCCACAGUAACUGAAGAGUUGCAGAUUGAGGACACUGAGAAUGGAACACAUGAUAGAAACCCUGAGAAUGUAUGUGAACAAGACUGCCUCAAGGAGCAGAGGUAUUUCUUUGUCUCCUUCAGUAGCAGAGCUGGUCGAGGCCUACACUUGUGGCUCCACAACUACUUGGUUGGCUAAUGGUUGUACAGUUCUUUCUUUCAACUUAGUUUCAGCAAGGCUUGCACUCAGUUCAUGAGCAAGGUGCGCAAUCAAAGGACUGCUCAGCCAAAGGUGGCCUUCUGCAAGGCGCCCCUACACCUGGAGGCUGGUCAAACAAUGUGCCCCAAGGGCAAUGAGCUGUCUAUCUCCACAACUACCCAGACUGUGGAGCUACCUAGGAAGAUGACCAGAAAGACGAGGCAUAAAGUGGUGCAGCUGGUGGGUUGAUGUUCCCAGCCCAAGGCUGUAGGGUCUCUGGGCUAUCGAAUCUUUGUGAAUACAGGACUUCCAUGAAGGAAUUCAGAAUUUAACUUUGAAAACCAUGUGCAUGAUUUUUUGUGUCAAUCAGUACCUCAAAACAGUCUCCAAUUAUCUAAAAUAUCUAAAAUUAUUAAUCAAGCCUGAGGAAUCUUCCUCCAAUUUCAGUUUCUUUUCCUCCAGCAGAAAGUCAUUCAGUCAUUUAUGCAAAUUCUUCUUCAGUUUGUAGACUACUGAAAAUGUAACAAAAGUCAGGUUAUAUAACAUUAGCUGUUCUGUUCUACAACUGAAAAGAGCUGGGAUAGUGAAAUUUUCAACAUUCACUAGGGUUCAGAAGCCAUGAACAACAGAAUAUAUAAUAGCUUAUCUUUCUGUGCUUCUCUUGCUCUUUAAUUCCUGAUGUCAGUGCGUCUUCUUGGCGCCCUACCCAACCUCCAUUUCAAUCUUUUCUUUUUCCUCUUCUUCAGAUAUCAGUUCCUUCUUCAUGACCUCUAAGCUUUGGAAUCUUGUAGCAUGCGUUGUCACCAGUAAAUGUCUUUUUCUGUUUCUUUUGUUUUGUUUCAACACAUUACCAAAGAAGAAAUAGAUAAUAGGGUGCUAGUGUACAUGCAUCUUAGGAACUUUGAGGAAUUUUAUUCUCUUGGAACUCUUAAGGAAUUACAGAAACGAAGCACGACACCCUGAUUCAUUUCUUUUCUGUACCAGUUGAAAAAAAAUAAUUUCUGAUGAGAUGUUUUAACAUGGAAAACAGAAUAGUUAAGGUCAGUUACAAACUUCCACAUACUGGAUUGCAUCCAAAGUUCACUCGGCCAGUGGAAACAAGGGAUGUUUUUACUGUUUCCUACUCCUUCUGCAGCUGUCCUCUCUUGCCUGACACACUAUCCUGAGGUUUCUCUGCCCUCCCAGGAGCAGCAUUUUGGGGGAUUCAGUGGGCUGGAGCAGGAGGGGGAGGUUCUUUGAAAACUGCCCUCUUCUUGCAUUGGUGGAAGUGACUUGAUGGCCGUGGGGGAAACCAAUCCUGGAUUCAAUAUAAUGACUUUAAAUCUAAUCCCACAUAGUUGCAGUCCAAUGCAGAGUUCCUUAAAGUACAAAAAGAACUAGCCAUUUCUCAGGGGCUUCUUUCUGGAUAGCAAAAGAGACAUACAUGGAUUUUCUCAGUUAUCACAUCUUGUUACUUCAGUCAUGUGAACCUUUACGGAUGUUUUACUGUGUAGUAAGUAAAGGUCUGGGGAGAUCUUUCUUUUGAUCCUAAACUUGGCAGUUAACAACAUUCAAGCCACUCUCGCCCCUUGUGGGAGAUCAAGCUAUGAAAUGGCUAAAAAUAUGUGGAUGUGUCAGUUCUUGUUCCUCUGACUUACUAUGUUCAGCAGCAUUGAAGCACAAAAUACAGGUCCUACAAUGUCUUCUGAUAGGCAACACACUACAAUGUCUUCUAGUAGGCCACGUGAGUAUUUAGUUGCCAUUUACAGAUGCAAGAGCAAAUGUGAAGAAUCCCACAAAUAGUUCCAUGAAGUCAAGGACGUUUCAAUGGUGAAUUUCUCCAUAUCAGCCUAUCUUGCCUCAUUCUGCAACAGAGCGUUAUUUCAAAAUCAGAUUGCAACAUGAUCAUCAAGUUCAAGAGAAAAACUCCCCUCAAAUCUUUGCCCAUUCCAUAAAGUACACCUAUCUGUUGAACUCCAGCCCUGUAGUACUGCCCUUGGUAUGAACAUUAAAAAAAAUAAAUUCUGGGCUGCUUUUCAUUGUUUACUUAGUCACUAUGAUUCUGUCUGGUGCUGUGGGGGGUUGUCUAGUAAUUAUCUUAAUUAUAACAAUUAUAUUCAUACAGUGUAAAUAGAUAAAUCAGGAGGGGUUGGUUUCUUAUAACUUUCAGGGUGAUGUGACAACAAUCUUGUCACUUAUGUUGUGGUCUUAAUUUCUAGCAAAUUUUAUUCAGUGAUGCAUUUCCAUUUAGGAAUAAUACAAGUUCAGCACAAGAGGGGGCACCAGAUAUUUAACAAAACGUCAUGUGAAAUUUCUGUUACCUGUUCCAUUGAUGUUCCAGCCUUUUUCCAAAAAGUAUAGGGUAGUAUACAUGGUUCUUCUGGCCUCUGAUUGCUUUUUUAUGGCUUAGAUUUAAAUGUAGAUAUAAAGUUCUCUCUCUUUUUUGGAUUAAUUUCUUUUGAAAACAAAUGAUCCAAUCCAAGAUCCUUUGCCCCAAGAAGAGUCGAUGUUAACUCUAUAAAUAGAGGCUUAGAUUUACCUUGGUCGCCGUUGCUGCCUGGGAGUGGCAGGGAGAGGGGCAGGCUCAGCGCCUGCAUGCAGCCCAACAUGGGGCUGGGCUACCCAGCUGCUGGUGCGUGUGAGUGACGUGUCUGGAGGAGGUGGAAUUGCGGCCUUAUAUGGGCAGACUGGGCCAUCCUGUGCCUCUUCUCACCCGAGUUCCAAUGGCUUCUCCCGCCCUCCCUCUCCCAUGGGUCUGAGUUUUUUGUUGUUGGCAUUCUGAUUAUGGUGAUUGUUGUUAUUUGCAUUUCAUAUGUCACAGCCUGGCAGGUUGCACACG